AUGGCUACAAGUUUGUCGAAUUGUUCACAACUUCAAAUUUUGGCUUUACCAGAUAAUGAGUUUGGUGGACCAAUGCAUAGUGAAUUUGGAAGAUUGAUUAACUUACAGAUAUUAGAACUCGGAAUGAACCGUUUCACUGGGAUAAUUCCCCAAGAAAUGGAAAAUCUUGUUAAUUUGGUAGAGUUAGCUAUGGAGAAAACAGAUUCCGGCUCUGUCCCGAUCUCCAUAUUCAAUAUCUCAUUGUUGCAAAUUUUGUCUGUGUGGGAGAACAAUCUUAGUGGAUUCUUACCACGGGAGAUAAGAAGUCUCACUGAAUUGGAGGAACUUCGUCUUGCGUUUAAUAGUUUUGGUGGUUCACUCCCAAUGGAGAUCUUCAACAUAUCAGGGCUGAGAGUAAUUGAUCUUACAAACAACAAUCUAUCUGGAAGCCUCCCACCAAACAUGGGUUCUAUCUUACCCAACAUUGAAGAGCUUUAUAUGGGCAACUUAACCAAUCUUGUUGGGACUAUUCCUCAUUCCAUCUCCAAUUGUUCAAAACUUACUAUUCUAGAGCUUUCGAGCAACAAACUCAGAGGCUUGAUUCCCAACUCACUUGGAUAUUUGACUCAUAUACAGUAUCUAAAUUUAGGGGGAAACAAUUUAACCAGGGACUCAUCAUUGAGCUUCCUAACCUCCUUAACCAAUUGCAGAAAAUUAACAACUCUAGGUCUAUAUUUGAAUGCUCUAAACGGCAUGCUUCCUGCCUCCGCGGGGAACCUUUCCACAUCUUUGAGAACAUUUGUUGCCUACAGUUGCAAGAUCAAAGGGAGAAUUCCAAAUGAUUUGGGGAACUUAAGCAGCUUAUUAGACCUUGAUCUUUCAGCAAACAGCUUGGCUGGACCGAUUCCCACAACAAUUGGAAACUUGAGAAACCUUCAGCGCUUCAACUUGAGUAACAACAAACUUAAAGGAUUUAUUGGUUACAUGUAA